AUAUCGAUUAUUGCAGUGCUCGCCUAUCGCACAGCGUAGACUAGCAACCCUGCGAGUCUGAUAUCGAUAGCAAACGAAAUGAGCGCAAAAAAGAAAGCAUGGGUAAAGUCUGCCUUCAGUGAGCUGAAAAGCAGUGCAGAGGAAGCUGUACCCGUGAAACGCACAAGAAGCGCAAGCCUCGCCGCAACUGCUGCCAAAAAUUCGCUGAGGAAAACCAACUCUACAAUUUGUGCAACAAAUAAUAGUGUGGUUGAUUUAUCGCUCGACGGAGAGCAGCAAGAUGAGACUGAUACCGCUGGCAUUUCACCCAUUGUAAGCGAUAAUUGGAUAGAGAGUUUUGCGCCCAGUUGUAGCGAUGAUCUGGCUGUGCAUCCCAAGAAACUGGAAGAAGUGCGCAACUGGUUGCUGCAUUGCCAAGCGCUACGCAGCAAAUACCCAGCUCAAAUCUGCCUAAUCACUGGACCAGCUGGCUCGGGCAAAACGGCAACACUGCGUGUGUUAGCUCAAGAGUUUGGCUAUGCAUUGCAAGAAUGGAUCAAUCCCGUUGACUGCGAGGAGAUCCAGACAUUGGGCGAUCAACCCACUGGCAAUUCGUAUGCCAGCUCACAGCUGGAGGCCUUUAAAAGCUUCCUAUUGCGCGCCUCGCGCUACAAAUCGCUGCUGUCGGCGCAAAACAAAAGGAUACUGCUUGUAGAGGACUUUCCCAAUAUACUGCUCAAAGAUGCAGCAGCCACAUUCGAGGAGUUAAUGGACGAGUACAUGAACUAUGGAAAAUCGCCACUCGUCUUUAUAGUAGCAGACAGCAAAUCUAGAGUGCUCAACAUUAGCUACAAACUCUUUACGGAUCAACUAAAGGCCAAGCUGCGCAUCGAGCACAUUAGCUUCAAUGCCAUAGCGGCCACAAUUAUGCAGCGUUCCAUGAAACGAUUUGGCACGCUAAUGCAGCAGGAGCAGCACAAGGCAUUGUACAAGCUGCCCACACAAAAUGUGAUGGACUCUAUUGUGGUGUGUGCCCAAGGCGACAUACGAAAUGCGCUGAUUAAUCUGCACUUUGGCUCGCUGAAAGGUGCGCCCAGUAUGGCCACAAAGCAGCUUCAGUUGAAUGUAAGCGCCCCGAGCAAGGGACGCAAAAGGAAGGCCACGAACACACUAAAGUCGAUAGGGCGAGAUGAAUCCAUUACUAUGAUGCAUGCGCUGGGAAGAGUUUUCAAUCCUAAGUAUGCUGAAGAUAACGCCCAGCGACUGUUGCAUAGCCCCGAAGAUCUUGCCGAAGCUUUCUGUACGGAGCCCCGCAAUUUUGUCAACUUCAUACAUGCCAACUAUUUGCCACACUUUCUCGACAUUUCCCAUGCUAUGGAGGCUGUGAAUGAUCUAGGCGUGGCGGACAUGCUGCUGCAGGAGUAUCGCGACGAUUCCUUAGGUCUAGUGGGCCUCAACAUCGCUGUGCGUGGCUGUAUGGUGCCCAACGUGGCACCAGUCAGUGGCUGGAUGCCAGUGCGAGGUCCCAAGCGCCUAACGAUUCAGCCGCAGCUGACGGCAGGGGAACAAAAGCUGCUGGGCAGCAGCUACGCGGGCAUAUCGAAGAGUGUUUACGCCAGUGAGUACAGCUCUUUUGUCAAAAUCAUUGCCAGCAAAAAUCACUUAGAUAAAUAGCCAAACCAAAAUAGAAUAGAGCAUAAUGUGUUUGACUGUA